AUCCCCUAUGCGAGCCAUUUUGCUCACUUUCUCUUAUACACGCACGUCUCCAACCCUCCCGACUCUCAGUCCUCCUCGACACACACACACUCUCUCUCUAUAGUCUCCUGAUCCGCUGCCUGCCGCGUACGAGCGAGCUCCCGUUUCUGAACACGAUCCGCUUUCGCUUGGCCCUCUGACGUUGCAAACCCUCCUCCAUCGCCGCCAUGUUCUUCGCCGCCCCUCACGAAGAAAAGGACAUUCCCGUCCUGCAGCGGCUCAUUCACGAGUAUCCCUUGGGCGUCAUCACCACGGCAAUUCCCUCGGAGAAGCAUCCUCUCAUCCUCUCCAGCCACAUACCCUGGGUCCUCGACGUCGAUGUCGAGUCCAAUGGCAAUGGCCUCGGCCGCCUACGAGGCCACAUUGCCCGCCAGAACCCUCAGAGCAAGGUUAUGAUGGAGGUCGCCGGACCCAGCAAUGGCAAUGGCGGCUAUGAACUUGAGCAGGAGGUGCUCGUCCUCUUCACCGCCGCGCCACACCACUACGUCACGCCCAAGUGGUACAUCGAGACCAAGCCCGUCACCGCCAAAGUCGUCCCCACGUGGAACUACGCCGCCGUGCAGGCCUAUGGCAAAGCCACCAUCUACUUCGACACAGCCGCCGAGGAGACGUCGCGCUUCCUCGGCCGCCAGAUGCACGACCUCUCGGAGCACACGGAGAGGUCCAUCAUGGACUACACCGGCAAGGAUGACCGCCCAGGCCCUUGGAAGGUCACCGACGCUCCCGAGCGAUACAUUGAGAUCAUGAAGAAGAACGUCAUCGGCAUCGAAAUUGUCAUCGAUCGGCUCCAGGGCAAGUUCAAGAUGAGCCAGGAGAUGCGCGUGGGCGACCGCAUGGGUGUCGUUGAAGGCUUCGCCCGUUUGAACUCUGAAGUCGGCAACACCAUGGCCAACAUCGUCAAGGAACGUAGCGAUCUCAAGGAGGCGGCCAAGGCGUAAUGUAGCGAUGGACUAGACGCAGGAUAACAUCCCGCCGGGCAUAGACUUUUGAUCGAGACGUACGCGAGGUAUAGACACGUACAGGAUUCAAAUAGAAGCAUCGGCAUGGCAAGGUACAAAGCCACUCUUCCUUAUGCGGCUGCGGUCAAGAGCCCACUGUCGCUUACGUAG